AUGAGCAAAUUGUUGGCUUCAACGUUUUUUAAGUCACGAUUUAAACGCAGUUUUGCGGUAUUAAGCACAAAUUUCAAAAACCAUUUCCCUAAGGCAGAAGUAGUUAAAGUCAAUGAUUUAGAUGCACAAUACCUUUCUGACUUUUUUGACGGAAAGAUUUUUGUCUUGCGCGUUCCCGGUUUUUGUACUGGAGGCGCUGUGGCGCAAGCUCUGGAGAAUAUGAGAAAACAUGAAAUUAUAGAUUAUUCCAACACCGUGGGUGUUGGAAAAGUUAAGAAUUUCGGUAUGGCGUACUAUGAAGUUAAUAACGAGUCAUCUAAAAAAUUUUACUAUGAUCAAGUAUUACCUUCAAUUACCACUCUCCGUCAAGCAUUUUACCCUUUCCUAUCUCCUAUUGACAAAAUGCGCCUCAUGCUGGAUGAGCAAUGGAAUAAAGGUGCUUCACGAUUAAACGUGGGUGAGGGCAAGAUGUUCAUUGGAUUAGCACGUGCAUUGAAGGAAAAUGUUUUUCCUCAUGAAGAUAAAUUGGAAAGAGAUGAUAGAAAAGCAUUUUCAACCGUAAAUUAUGUAACCCAGGCGGCUUUUAAUUGCUAUCUUUCGACUCCUGACAUAGGAGGAGCUUUGCAAAUAUGGAAUUUGAGUUUGGAUGACGAAGUGUACAAAAAAUUAAGUGGUGAUCAUUAUGGAAUAGACAGAUCCUUGCUCCCACCCCCUGCCGUAACGAUUCACCCUGAAGUAGGCGAACUUGUCAUUUUCCAUUCACGUUGCCUUCAUGCUAUAACUGAAAGUUCAAAGACGCGCAUUGCCGUCUCCGGUUUCAUCCUCUACCAGGGAAAGGAAAAUCCUCUGCACCUGUGGAGUUAA